AUGGCACCAAACGUAGAUCCAGCUAUCCUUGAAGCCCUCCAGCUUGAUCCGGAGCAGACCGAAAUCGCGUCUCAUGGCGGCUCUGGAUUCGCAUCAUCUUUCAAACUCACGUCUGUCAUCGAUGGUCAGCCCACCAACUUCUUCGUCAAGACGGGCUCCGGGAAAGACGCCGAAGUCAUGUUUAGAGAUUUCUUGGACCUGGGAUCCUCGGCCCCUGGCGGAUCCGGCCUGUCACUAGCCGCGAAGCUCGCCAAGAUGCACACGACCCUGGCGCCCGUCCCGGAGGGGUUCGACAGGCCCAUGUACGGUUUUCCCGUGAGCACCUGCUGCGGUUCGACGCCGCAGGACAACGCGUGGAAGGAGACGUGGGCCGAGUUCUAUGCCGAGAACCGGCUGCGCGGUGUCUUACGCGCGGGGAUCAGGAGGAACGGUGACGACGGAGAGUUGUCUCAGGCUGUGGAGACCGUUGCGAGCCGAAUCGUUCCGCGGUUGAUCGGCGAUGACCGCGUCAAGGGCACUCAGCCGGUGGUGAUCCACGGGGAUCUAUGGAGCGGGAACCACGGCCGGGGCCAGAUUGCGGGCAAGGGCGGCGCGGAGGAGGUUGUCUUCGACUCGUCAGCCGUUUACGGGCACGCCGAGUACGAGCUAGGCAUCAUGAAGAUGUUUGGUGGCUUCGGGAGCGGAUUUUGGACCGAAUACAAUAAGCUGGUGCCAAAGGCGGAACCAGUAGAGGAAUGGGAUGAUCGGGUUGCGCUUUACGAGUUGUAA